GAUUGAAUAGAACACAAUUAUUCCUUCGCCCCCUGUUUUCCAGGUCCUCUGUUUUCUCUUCCAGAUGCUCGAUUUUCUUUUUAGCAUAUGCUAUUGUUUCCAUGGCAUCUGUCAAUAAGUUUUCCAUGGAUAGGAUUCGCCCCUCUGCCUCGUCCAGGCGCCCCGCGUUUAUGGUUAUCUUGUUGUUGAUGUCAGGCAAAGCGUUUUCCAGGAUUGUCACCUUGCCCCCUAUCGCACUGAGCUGAGAGUUAAUGGCAUCUAAUUUGGUGGUUAGUUCUGUACGUUGGGAUCUCAACUCAGAAAGGAUGUCUUCGACAGAGUGCGAGGUUGGCGUUCGUUGUGCCUCGUGGGGGAGCGGGUUCUCUUGCUCCUGGCUAAUGGCGCUAGUUUUUUCUGAAGCUAGCUUCUUCUUGGAGGCUUUUUCCGUCGCUAAUACUUGAGUCCGGGUAAAAAUGUCACCUGUAGUGUCGCCUUUUGUAGCCGCCAUGACUUUUUCUUACUAAAGCUAAAUGAGUGUGAACUUGGAGUGGAGGUAAAAUUAGGAAUUGGAAACUACUUGUGCGGAGCUCUUAGUUAAUGCUGCCAUCUCGUUCAAGGGUCACGUGAUCCCCCCAGAAUACUAUUCUGUAUAUGUAUGAGUUUUCUUUCUUAAUAUUAGUACUGAAUAUAAUGUGUGUGAAUGAAUCAAGGAUUAGAACAAUGACGGUCUGUUCCUUGGUAGGAAUGAAUGAACUAAAUCUUCAGACUGGCUAGAAUGCUUAUCUACACCGGAAAACCUUGGCUCAGCCGUAAAUUAUAUUAAAUUGGUAGGGAGACGGAUGUGGGAAGGCUUGAGAUACAGCCUUUGUACUGGAACGGAGAUGGCACUGGUUGGUGCUGAAACUAAUGACGUCAUUUUCAGUUUAUAACCUGUGGUAACCUGUGGUAAACUGUAUCGUAUUCAGUACUCUGCUAUUUGACUUUAAGACCGGGCUCUGUCGAUCUCUAUAAAAUAAGGGUCAUACAAAUUCUUAUGAAUUGACAGUGUUUCAUUUUAAUUGGGAAUUAAAACAGAGGAAUUAAAUUCCUGCAACACAUACCCACAUCCAUACCCCCAUUUUAGCGGCCCCCCUCUUGACAGGGGAGAGAAGACAAAUAAGUUAUAAUUUACUGCAGUUCUACAUUUUAAAUAGGGCGUGGAGAAAAUAUUGCAGGUUUUCUGCAAUUCUACACAUUUUGCCAUGGGGCGGGGAGAGAAAUUAGCAGUUUUAUAGCUAAUUUCCAGAAAUUCUACACAUUUUGCCAUAGGGAGUGGAUAAUUGUUUGCAGUUCGAUACCAGAGUGAGAGUAAAUAACAAAAUCAAUGGGGCCCCCCUAGUUGGUAAUUCAACCAUGAUUACUACAAGUUUAGAUAGCUGAAACUGAAUAAAGAGUCCAGGUAUUCAUUUGGUGGUUAUGUUGGAAAAGUAGCCUGAGUCACUGACUAGAGCAAAUGCAUAACUGGAGCUCUUUAGGUAGUUACAGUGGGGCAAAACAGUAUUUAGUCAGCCACCAAUUGUGCAAGUUCUCCCACUUAAAUUACAGAGGCCUGUAAUUUUCAUCAUAGCUACACUUCAACUAUGACAGACAAAAUGAGAAGAAAAUCCAGAAAAUCACAUUGUAGGAUUUUUUAUGAAUUUAUUUGCAUGUUAUGGUGGAAAAUAAGUAUUUGGUCACCUACAAACAAGCAAGAUUUCUGGCUCUCACAGACCUGUAACUUCUUCUUUAAGAGGCUCCUCUGUCCUCCACUCGUUACCUGUAUUAAUGGCACCUGUUUGAACUUGUUAUCAGUAUAAAAGACACCUGUCCACAACCUCAAACAAUCACACUCCAAACUCCACUAUGGCCAAGACCAAAGAGCUGUCAAAGGACACCAGAAACAAAAUUGUAGACCUGCACCAGGCUGGGAAGACUGAAUCUGCAAUAGGUAAGCAGCUUGGUUUGAGGAAAUCAACUGCGGGAGCAAUUAUUAGGAAAUGGAAGACAUACAAGACCACUGAUAAUCUCCCUCGAUCUGGGGCUCCACGCAAGAUCUCACCCCGUGGGGUCAAAACGAUCACAAGAACGGUGAGCAACCUCAAGGUGCUGCCAAUGGGAAAGAGAAAGACGCCCCAUCAUGUGACCUCAGCACUGUCCAGCCUAGUGAGGAUGAGGAGGUUGAGAGAGGUGCCCUCAAGAGGCUCAGCACAAUGUGGUCUUCAUUCCGGGCCAAGCUCAACAGAGAUCAGGUGAAGGAGCCAUGUCAGGAGUCUCUGGAUUCAGCCCCAGUGGACACCACAGCCAGGGAGCAGCGCUACAUGAGCGGGCACUACUUCUUUGAGUACCUGGUGGUGGUCAGCCUCAAGAAGUCCAAAGAGGGGGCCUACGAGCCGCAGAUCACCUACCAGUUCCCCAAGAGGGAUGGGAUGGUGAGAUUCCAAAGAGAGGAGGAAGAAAAGACCCUGAAGGCCAUCACGCUCUUCUGUUUCCCUGAGGGGAUCAGCUGGGCCCCCCUAACAGAGUACCACAGUGAGACAUUCUCCUUUGUCUUGACUGAGAUCGAUGGCAGUAGAAGGAAUGGAUACUGCAGAAGGCUACUGCCCCACGGCAACGGAGCGCGUCCCCCUGAGGCCUUCUGCAUCAUUAGCAGGCUGGCUUGUUUCGGACUCUUCUCCAAGAUCUUUGACGAGGUGGAGAAGCGACACCAGAUCUCCAUGGCGAUGAUUUACCCGUUCAUGCAGAGCCUUAGGGAGGCAGCGUUCCCCGCCCCAGGCAAAACUGUCAAGAUCAAGAGCUUCGUUCCUGACAAGGGCACCGAGAUCAUCAGUCUGACGCGUCCGUUGGACUCGUGGCUGGAGCACGUGGACUUCCGCACGCUCUUCCGUUGCUUGACCAAUGAGGAGGUGGUGCUGGUGUUCGCUGCCGCCGUUAUGGAGCGACGCAUUGUCUUCAUAGCCGUGGAGCUCAGCACCCUGUCCCAGGUGAUCCACGCUGUGGCCGCCCUCCUCUAUCCAUUCACCUGGCAACACACUUUCAUCUCCAUAGUCCCUGAGAUCCUCAUUGACGUUGUUAUGGCCCCCACCCCCUACCUGCUGGGAGUGCAGAAGCGGCUAAUGGAUCAGGUCACGGACCAGACCGACCUCCUUGUGGUGGACUUGUCAGAGGAUCGGAAGGACACUUUCCUAGUUCAAAUCGGGGAUGAGAAGUCUAUUCUGCCCCCUAAGCUUCAAGAUGAAAUACUGCAGGCACUAAGAAACAGGAAAGAAACAUCCACCGUGGAGGAGCUGAACAGCGUGGUCUCGGAAGCCUUCCUGCCCUUCUUCGUGAAGACUGUUGGCCAUUUUGAUUUGUACGUGACGCGGAACAGCAAGGGCCAGCCAGGGGUGUUCCAGAGCAGAGCCUUCUACAAGACCAUCAAGUCCAAGACCACGCGGCACUUUGUCAAGAAGUUCCUCCAGACCCAGAUGUUUGACCUGUUUAUCCAGGAGGUGGAGCAGCAGCCAGGGAGCCCCCAGCAAGGAAUUUUCCACAAAAAGAUUGUUGAAUACCAGGAACAGAAGAAAAACGAGAAGGCAAAGAAGAGACACUAAGUAUGAAUACACUGUAAACGAGGCCAUGAUAUUACAUUUACAUUCGUCAUUUAGCAGACGCUAUUAUCCAGAGCGUCUUAGUUUGUGCAUUCAUCUUAAAAUAUAUGUGGUUGUCCCACCUAGCCAUCUCUGUCAUAGUAAGUGCAUUAUAGUAGCCAUCAGCCAAGUCAGUGGUAGUAUGGGGGUGGGGGAUCUUUGACUGGGCUUAAAGGGAGGUGGUAGAUAGGAGUACUCGGGUUGAGGUGUAGGGUAGAGCAUAGCCUAGUGGUAGGGAGGGGCAGUUCCUCUUGCUUCUCCAUAGGCAAGUACCAUGGUCUUGUAGUGGAGGCAAACUUCAACUGGAAGCCAGUGACGUGUGCAGGGUGACAUGGGUGAACUUGGGAAGGUUGUACAUCAUGCAGCGUUUGGGACAGGUUGCAGGUGUUUGAUGCGGGGAACACAGCCCACAGUGCGUUGCAGUAGUCCAGACAGGAGAUGACAAGUGCCUGGAUUAGCACCUGCCCCCCUUCCUGCGUGAGGUAGGGUCGUACUCUACGGAUGUUGAGUACGACCGAGACACUGCUUGGAUGUUUGCAGAGAAUGACAGGGUGUUGUCCAGGGUCACGCCAAGAUUCUUUGCACUCCGGGCGGGGGACACCGUGGAGUUGUCAACCAUGAAAGGAGAGGUCUUGGAGCGGGAAGGCCUUCCCUGUUAGGAAGAGCAGCUCCGUCUUGUCGAGGUUGAGCUCGAGGUGAUUGUGUGUGUGUGUAUAUAAGGCAUUUACUGUAGAUGUGUGAUAAUAUCUAGAUUUUUAGAUGUAGAUGUAAAUAUUGGAAGUGAAUAGUGUAGUUUAUUGUAUAUAAAAAAUAAAUGUUUUACUAUUGUAUUUUGUUUUUCCUAUUUUUCUCACAAAUUUCAAUCUUCUCUCAUCGAUGAAACUCCAACUGGCUUGAGAGAGGCAAAGGUGGAGUCAUGCGUCCUCUGAAACAUGACCUGCCUAACCGCGCUCCUUAACACCCGCCAGCUUAACCCGGAAGCCAGCCGCAACAGGAGGAAACACCGCCCAUCUGGCGACCGGGAUCAGUCUGCUGGCACCCGGCCCGCCACAAGAAGUCACUAGAGCGCGAUGAUCCAAGUAAAGCCCCCCCCCCCUGCCAAACCCUCCCCUAAACCUGACGACGCUGGGCCAAUUGUGAGCCGUCCUAUGGGACUCCCAGCCACGGCCGGUUGUGGCACAGCCCCUCGGGAGGCCCAGUUUGAUUUAUUUAUCUGUAUGUGAGCAAGAGUAUGUGUGAGAGGGGUUGGGGUAACAGUGGGUAUUUUUAAUGUGCUGCUACUGUAUAAAAUGAUACACUGAACAAAAAUAUAAACGUAAGAUGUAAAGUGUUGGUCCCAUGUUUCAUGAGCUGAAAUAAAUUAACCCUAGGAAUGUUCCAUACACACAAA